CCGAGUGUGAGGGAAGAUGGACCGAUUGUUGCGGAUAGGAGGUGGUAUGCCGGGAUUGAAUCAGGGUCCUCCACCCUCGGAUGCUCCAGCUGUAGAUACUGCCGAGCAGGUUUACAUUUCAUCAUUGGCAUUGCUGAAAAUGCUAAAGCAUGGACGAGCUGGAGUGCCGAUGGAAGUGAUGGGCCUUAUGCUUGGCGAAUUCGUGGACGAUUACACAGUCCGGGUUAUCGAUGUCUUCGCCAUGCCACAGACUGGAACUGGGGUAAGCGUGGAGGCGGUGGAUCCAGUAUUUCAAGCAAAAAUGUUGGAUAUGCUCAAGCAAACGGGUAGGCCAGAAAUGGUGGUAGGUUGGUAUCACUCUCAUCCAGGAUUUGGCUGUUGGCUGUCCGGGGUGGACAUAAAUACGCAACAGUCGUUCGAAGCUCUCAGCGAAAGAGCUGUUGCCGUUGUGAUCGAUCCUAUCCAGUCGGUUAAAGGGAAAGUUGUUAUCGACGCAUUUAGGUUAAUUAAUCCCAAUAUGAUGGUUCUUGGACAAGAGCCACGUCAAACGACCUCCAAUUUAGGUCAUCUUCAAAAGCCAUCCGUGCAGGCACUUAUUCAUGGACUGAAUCGACAUUAUUACAGCAUAAGUAUCAAUUACCGUAAGAACGAACUCGAACAGAAAAUGCUAUUGAAUUUACACAAGAAAACAUGGAUGGAUGGCUUGACUCUGGCAGAGUAUUCAGAGCACAGUAAACUUAAUGAAAAUGUUGUACAAGAAAUGCUAGAAUUAGCUAAAAAUUAUAAUAAGGCUCUCGAGGAUGAGGAGAAAAUGACACCCGAACAGUUAGCAAUUAAAAAUGUUGGCAAACAGGAUCCCAAACGACACUUGGAGGAAAAGGUUGAUAAUCUUAUGACAACAAAUAUUGUCCAGUGCUUGGGAGCUAUGCUCGAUACCGUUGUUUUUAAAUAACUACCUGGCUUAAUUUGCAUUAUGAAUUUAAUGAAAAAUAUAAAUUUUUUUAAU